AUGGCAGCCAACCAGAUCGUCACGAGCAUCGCGCUCACCUCGCUCCCCAAGAUUGCCGCAGGCAAAGUGCGAGACGUCUUCGAGGUCGACGAGCAGACUCUCCUCUUCGUCGCCUCAGACCGCAUCUCGGCCUACGACGUCGUCAUGAAGAACGGCGUGCCCGACAAGGGCGCCCUCCUCACCUCGCUUUCGCGCCAUUGGUUUGAGGUGCUCCCGCUCAAGGUGCCUGGGCUCAAAACGCACUUCCUCGCCUCCGAAACCCCUGCCGGCCGGUUGUCAACAGACGAGGCGCAACUCGUCCGCAACCGCGGCAUGCAGGUCCGCAAGCUCAAGGUCUUCCCCAUCGAGGCCAUCGUGCGCGGGUACGUGACGGGCAGCGCAUGGAAGGAGUACGAGCGCACCGGCACGGUGCAUGGCGUCAAAUUGCCCUCCGGUCUGCGGGAAUGCGAUCCGGUUCCGGGAGGCGCGCUGUUCACGCCUAGCACCAAGGCCGCGGCGGGGGAGCACGACGAGAACGUGCACCCGGACCGCACGGCGGAGCUGGUGGGAGAGAAGUACGCUGGGCGCAUUGCGGAGCUGGCGGUCAAGAUUUUCAAGGCCGGGCAGGAAUACGCGGCCGAAAGGGGCAUCAUCAUUGCGGAUACUAAGUUUGAGUUUGGGCUCGAUGAGGAGACGGAUGAGAUUGUGCUGGUGGACGAGGUGCUGACGCCGGAUUCGUCGCGCUUUUGGGCAGCGGACACGUAUCAGCCUGGCAGGGACCAGGAUAGCUUCGAUAAGCAGAUUUUGAGGAAUUGGUUGACUAGGGAGGGGUUGAAAGGCGUGCCUGAUGUGGAGGUGCCUGAGGAGGUGGUGAGGGCUACGUCGGAGAGGUACAAAGACGUUUAUCAGCGGUUGACGGGGAAGAGUUUGGAGGAGGCAUUGAAGGCAUAA